UCUGCGCGAAUAUAAUAACGCUGGCUCAACAACUUUCAACGAUCAGUUCAGUUUGUCUGUAGUCGCGCUAUACAAAACCCGUCACUGCAUAGAGCUCUCUUCGGGAAAGCGAUUUUGUUUUUCUUUUUUAUUUGGCUUCUAGCCGUUGUAUGGAGCGUGAAAAACUAUUAUUAUUGGUGUUAGAGAAGCGUGAGGCGCUCGCAGGCGCUUCAAGGGCACAAAGCGACGACGAUGUUAGCCUCUCCGACGAGGCGGGGGCCGACGCCGAGUCGGCCGACGUCAGCCGCUGGAGCGACGAGGCGGAGGCCGAGCCCGCGUCGCCCGAGGUCGGCCGCUGGGGCGACGAGUGGCCUAGUUGACUCGAUGCGAGCGACAUUGACUCGGGCGUGCACCACCUGACGCCGACACUACCGCCCCCGAGGUGGGCGACGCCAACGCAACCGAUUCAUUUAACGACGGAGCAGCAUGAGGACCUCGUCGCCCGAGCAGAGGCGAUAUUGAGGUUCCUCCUCGUUUAUAACAACUACGACUCCGUGAGCAACUUCGUGGCUUUAUAUGAUGCGUUCCAGAAGAAGAAGGGGAAUGAACCUUUGUACGGAAUGUUUGAGAAGUAUACUCCACCCAUCAUCAGGAGGAAGAAGACCUGUGUUGGGCUCGGCAUGGAGCUGCUGCGGAGGUGGCGCGCGCUGGAUGAGCAGUUCCCUGGCUUUGCUUCAGCUACUUCUAUCGUAUCGUGCGAGGAAGCCGUCUUAAACGUGCGGGAGUACGUGUCGAUGGGCGAAAGCCCGUGCUCCGUGGAGUACGCAGAGAAGGAGCACGUGCUGGUGUGCGUGCACAUGCUCGUGGACGGGCGCGCUGGCGUCAUGCUCGCCGACCCCGGCUACCAUCUCGCGCGGCUGAUCUGCGUGAUGCAUGACAAACUUUACCCGCAUACAGGCUGGUUCACCCAAUCCGAAGAGCCGACGUGCCGGAAGGACUUCGAGUACUGCCUCAACCCUCACAACGGCAACUACGUGGAGUGGCGCGAGCGUGUCACUCGCGGCGCUGCCGUCAAGUGCCAGACGUCACUCAUAUACGUGGCGCAGCCCUUCCUCGACUGCAUUCUGAUCACCGAGAAACGCAACCUGGUCUAUAACUUCAGGAGCUUGCUAGCCCGAGACCGCAAGGGGCGGCUGGUGGCCGGGAUGUACUUCCCGGUGGGCAGCCACACGGAGGACGCCGUGUUUACCAUCUUCUCCGACAACGGCACUGAGAAGCGGAGGACCAAGUACAAGUUCAGCACCUUCAGGGAACCACACAAUGUACAACACUCCGUAUUAGAGGAACUCGAAGAAGUUAGCCUAAAAAUGCGUUACAAGAAGCGUGGACUAUUGGACCUUAUCACCAAGCUGGCCAACAUCAUGGCGGACCAGUCCUUCAUAGACCAAAUGCUGGAAAUUAACGACGACAUUUGCCGCAUGUAUUUGUGACAUGGCGGACACAAAAUGGCCGACAAGAGAAUUCAAAAUGGCGCCCGUUGAACACAAUUUGAUUAAGUACGUUUAUGUCUUUUAGAUUAAGUUUGUAUUUAUUUACCAAAUUUUAAAAUCAUUUUAUUAUUUAGAAUACCUAACUACAUAAUAAUUCUUGGUGACGGGUUGUAUUCACGUUAAAUUAUGCUUCUUUUCUUUCGAUAAGUAUAUCAAUAUUAUUCUUAUCGUAAUAUUUAAAUGUAUUUUUCGGUAAAUUGGGUGCUUAUUUAACUACAGAUUUUAUUGAUUAAACAUUUUCCCUCAA